AUGCAUAAAAUGCGGAAUCUUGAAAUCAAGAAACUAAUUUAUGACAAGAGAGAUGCACUGGCUGCACAAUAUGCUGCAGAAGCAACUCUUGGAACACUUCAUGCAAAUCAAAAGGACGAUGAAUCUCCUCCUAUUGAAAUGCAUAAGGAUGAGGCAAACGAAUUUUCAUCUAUAAAACCAAUUCAUGCAUUAUAUAUGAGCAUGAGGAGGGCUCAUCACAGAAUUUUACAUUCCCUUUUGGCAUUUCUUCAGAUUGCAGCGCUUCUUCAAGCAGAAAGGAUAUUGAGAAGUGCACUAGAAAGGGCUCUAAUAGUUGAAGAGGUUCAAAAACCACAACUUUGA